CAGCUUUCAGAUUUGUUUUUGCUUGCCUCCUCAUAAGCAACCAAGCAUUCUCUUCAAAUUGAACCACCCAUACAACCAUCACCCGACCGACCAAAUGGCUACCCCCCAAUCCACCACCUCUUACGAGGGCGCCGAAGGCGACAAGAAGCUCGAGCAGAUCACCUUCCGAUUCUGUUCCGAAUGCUCCAACAUGCUUUAUCCCAAGGAGGACGAGGAUGCUCACAAGCUUCAGUUUACCUGCCGAACUUGCCAGUACACCGAGGACGCCAAGUCUACCUGUGUCUUCCGCAACGUCCUCAACACCUCGGCCGGUGAGACCGCCGGUGUCACCCAGGAUGUUGGCUCCGAUCCAACGGUUAGUCAUCUUCCACCUGUUCUCUGUUACGGCUGUGGCGGAGUCAUCUUGUGCACCUCUUGCGGCCAGCCCGAUUGCCAAAUGGUCGUCUCCAACGAGAAAGUCAGUCAGCCCAUCACGGGCAUGUGCCAGUUCACCUUGCCAUGGGAGGAUCCUUUCGCCGACUACGAUGAGGAGAUGAUGGACGAGGACUACGAUGACACAAGGACCGAGUCUGAUGACUUCCUCUCCGACGCCAGCGAAGAAUUCCUCGAAGAGAUCUCCAUGUGCUGUGAUUCGUCCAUGAAAUGUCAAUCAUGAGCAUCUCCAACAAACAUCCUGUAUCACGACAAUUAUGUAACUGACGACACGACACGACUGGCACGACUACAUUAUUCUAUCCUGGGCUGACUGGCACAUGCUCUGGGCUCCUGGCAUCAUUAUCCGGCGGCGAGCAGUUGGCGGCCGACUGGUCACAUGACAAAGUAUAAGUUGGAAACAGCAGUUGGAGCACUGGGUGUCUCGCGUCUUCUUUGGAACCCGCUUGUCAUCGCUUAAAGACUGCUGGCUGACUUUAUUUCUUUUUUUGCGCG